GAAAAAAAUUGUGAAAUGUCAAGUCUAACCUACAAAUGUUUGGAUUUUGUUGAUUUCUUCAAUAAUUUACGUGUUUGAGUAUGAGAAUGUAUUCACAUCCACUUUUACGAAUUCCCCAACUAAGUCCUUAGUAAAAGGCUACUAUCUCACCUCAAAGUAAUGCCUUGACUGCUGCUACAGAAGAGGCCCCAGAAUGGCAAGAUCUGACACUUUAUGUAACCAGUCCCUACUGGAAGCAGGAGAGCGAGCAUUGGAUCGUACCAUCGGCGAACCCGGAGAUGUCAAGACCCAGUUCGCCACCAGAGAAGGUACCUACCGCCUCAUGACAUUAAGUGAGUAUUCUAGACCAAACAGAGUCGGCUACCAACCUCAGGGACAAACGCCUCCACAAGUACGUGUUUCCUUGGUCACCCUUACCGACCAAGGUGAGCGGAUUUGCUUCAACCAUGGCCGAGAACUCUACGUUUAUGUCUAUAAAGGUAUCAAGAAGGCUGCUGAUUUGAGCAAACCAUUAGAGAAAAAAGUGUACAAAGGAACUAACCCUACUUGCCAUGAUUUCAACUCCACUUCUGCCUCAGCUGAAUGUGUUAGUUUGCUCAUUGGUUUCAGUACUGGCCAAAUACAGCUCAUAGAUCCAGUGAAAAAAGAACUUAGUAAGCUUUUCAAUGAAGAAAGAUUGAUAGAUAAGAGUAGAGUGACAUGUUUGCGCUGGGUGCCUGGCAGUAAGUCACUAUUCCUUGUGGCUCAUUCUUCUGGUCAUUUCUAUGUAUAUAAUGAGGAAUUGCCUUGUGGGUCUGCAGCACCCCACUAUCAACCAUUCAAAGCUGGUGAGGGGUUUUCUGUGAACACUUGCAAAACUAAGUCCACUAGAAAUCCUCUGUUCAGAUGGCUUCUAGGAAAUGGAGCAGCAAUAAAUGAGUUGGAGUUCAGUCCUAAUGGGUCACAACUGGCUGUGGUGUCUCAAGAUGGUUUGCUUAAGAUUUUUCAAUAUGACAGUAUGGAGCUUCUUGGUCAUGCCAGGUCAUACUUUGGUGGGUUGUUAUGUGUGGCAUGGUCAAGAGAUGGAAAAUUAGUAGCAGUAGGUGGAGAAGAUGAUUUAGUAACAGUUUAUUCCAUGGAACAAAAACGGGUAGUUGCUAGAGCACAAGGGCAUAGAUCCUGGGUAUCUUCAGUAGCAUUUGACUGGUAUUUGGACAUAGAGUCUUGUUAUAGGUUAGGUUCAGUAGGACAUGAUACGCAAAUUUGCCUUUGGGAGCUUCCUGAGGAUAACCUAGUUCCUCCUAAACCACGUGUAAAACGUAAACCUGAUCCAUUACAACUAGUGGGCACACCAGCUUGUCCACGUUUGGAUGAGUGUCCAAUUUUGGAACCUUUGGUUUGCAAGAAAGUUGCUCAUGAACGAUUGACAUCACUAGUGUUUAGGGCUGACUGUGUUAUCACUGCUUGUCAAGAUGGGUAUGUUUAUACUUGGGCUAGGCCCCCCACCUAGGAUUUUUUUAAGGCAAACACUUUUUGUAUGAUAUUUUUUGUACUGCAUAGACCUCCCGUUGACCUGUAUAUAUAUAUAUUUGUAUUAAAUGUGAAGUUCCCAAUAUGUACCUUUAUUUUAAAUUAUUUUGUUGUACCUAUCUAUAAUAUAGUAAAAUAAAUCAUUUAUAUUU